UUAAGCACAUGUCAAUUUAGCCCAAUUGGGGAUUGCUCACACCUUCACUCUCUUCCCGAAGUGUCACUGCAUUUGGGAGCAGCAGAGAAACACAACUACAGAAUUGCACUAUAAGUUCAUCAAGGAAAACCAUACAACACAAUUGUAGAUUGAAUUGACGUGUAGAGGAGAAGAAGAAGAAGAAGAAGAAGAAGAAGAAGAAGAAGAAGACGAAAUGGUUUCUGAGAAUCAAGAAACCCCUAAUGGAGGACUUAACACUAUUCCUCCUUCACCCUCAUCCUCUCCUGGCUGGAAAAAUCGAAUCUUUUUUCCAACCCUCCUUGCAGGGGUUGCUGGUGCUGGAACUGGGUUAAUCUCAAAGCAUCGGAAAAGUCUUGGUCUUGCCAAUGUUGUUGCCAGCUAUGCAGCUAAUUUUGCCAUCGUCACUGGUUGCUAUUGCGGGGCACGUGAAUUUGUGACUGCAUCUAGAAAAACAGGACCUGAUGAUCUAUGGAACUCUGUAGCAGCAGGAUUUGGAACUGGGGCUGUUCUAGGGCGUCUGCAAGGUGGUCAACUUGGUGCAGUUCGUUACUCUGUCAUCUUUGCUGUUGUGGGGACAACAGCAGAUUUUGCUAUUCUGAAAUUGAAAGAUGUUUUGAGAGAUCAUAGUAAGACAUUAUAUCAAGAUAUUGAGAAUUCAAAGAAUGGAAAUUGGUUAAGACUGCCAGAAUGGUUCCCAAUUCGAGUACUUGAUGAGGAAGCCCUUGCUGCAAAACGAGCUCAGGAAGAGCAGUUCAUUGAACAGAGGGCACGGAUUCGUAGCCUAAGGGAAGAAGAAUCCUGAGAACUGGUUAAUUUUUGUGGAUGCUUGCCCUGAUCUUGGAAUGAGGCAACCUCCCAUCCCCCUAAACAUUUUGUAUUUGUAAUAAUGUACUUCUGAAGCUGAUGAGUAAUUGCUUCAGCAGAGAUUUUGGAAGUGUUGGGAUUUAAAUUCCAGUCUUCAUUUGAAAUUUCUGAUGAUUUUGCCCUUCUGUGUGUAGACAUUGUCGAAUAAGUACACAAAGUAA